AUGCCUCCCCAGAUCAAGCACGAUCUCAACCGCUCCGGCUGGGAAACCACCGACUUCCCCUCCGUCUGCGAAAACUGUCUCCCCGAGAACCCCUACGUGCAGAUGAUCAAAGAAGAUCACGGCGCAGAGUGCAAGAUUUGCACACGUCCCUUCACAAUUUUUCGCUGGAAAGUCGACCGCACCGCGCGCCAGAAGCGCUGCAAUAUCUGCCUGACCUGCGCCCGGCUCAAGAACUGCUGCCAGUGCUGCAUGCUCGAUCUCUCCUUCGGGCUGCCCACCACAGUCCGCGAUGCAGCCCUGAAGAUGGUUGCCCCGGGCCCCGAAAGCUCUAUCAACCGCGAAUACUACGCCCAGAACCAUGAGAAAGAGAUCGAAGAAGGCAUCGGCGCGAUCGAGGAGUACGAGAAAACAGACGACAAAGCCCGGGAUCUACUCCGCCGCCUGGCAAACAGCCAGCCCUACUACCGCAAGCAGCGACGCAUCGAAGCCGCGCCUACAGACGACGCCGCGGAAGAAGGCCAAGCGUCCAGCUCGACCGACGCCCCUCGUACACACAGCCGCUACGGCAACGGGCCAGGCCCGAUUCGCACAAGCGAAAGCCGUGUGGGCAACCGCUUGCCUGGGCGUGGCGGCGGACGGGGUGGUGCUCGAGGUGGUCGGGCAUUCACGGCACAGCGGCAAGUCAGCGCGGCGGAUAUUGCGCCCCCGGCUGAUCCGAACAUUACAUCUUUGUUUGUGACAGGAGUGGAGGAUGACUUGCCGGAGCAUGCGCUGCGGUCUUUCUUUUCGGAGUUGGGAAAGGCCGAGGUGGCUGCUGAGCGGUGCCAGGGUAGGGCGAUUAUUCAGGGCUGUCCGCUGCUCGUGCGCUGGGGUAAGCCUAAGCCUUUGGAUAGCAUGGAUAAGGAGGAGAGGAUGAAGAAUGCGCGAGAGGGCCGAUUGGCUGCUGGUCCGGCCCUGACAGGAAAGGGCAAGAAGGCUAUUACUGCUGCCGGGGAUAUGGGGAGCGAAGAACCGAAGGCUCAGAACUACGCGGUGGCUCCGCCCCCGGGGUCUGGAGCGGUGCAGUAUGCCAGUAUGUCGGGGGAAUGA